UUGUACACAAACUGUUAUGGAUCCUCGAUUCAUUCCGUUGUCUGAUCCUGUAAACACUCUCGAGUUCGAAGAUCAGAUCAAUUUGUCUAGCUAUGAGGGGUCUCUGAAUCCUCCUCACAGUUAUAAUGAUGACUAUGUUGCUUUUGGUGUUCCGUAUACUGCCCCAAGUGUAGACAUUGGUAAUUUCGCUCCAUCAUCAAACGUGAGCUCGGAAGUGGACUCUCCAGAUGAUCAUGACUCUGAUUCUCUGUUUAAGUACCUAAACCAGAUACUUAUGGAGGAGAAUAUUGAAGAUAAGCCCAGCAUGUUUCAUGAUCCGCUUGCUCUAAAAGCUGCUGAGAAGUCCUUAUAUGAAGCCCUUGGCAAGUCGUACCCUCCUUCACCCUAUCGUACCCCUUAUCAUGUUGACCAUCAGUCAGAAAGCCCAAGCCCUGACAGCAUUUUCCAGACUUCCAGUGAUCAUAGUACAAGUAGUAGCAAUGCCCAUAGUAAUUCCAUGGAUCCUCACUGGAUUGUUGAUCCUGGUGUAUCUAGGUUGCCUUUGCCUGUGGAGAGUCAUCCAUCAGAGUACUCCAUCCAACCUUUGAUUCACAGUAACUCAGAGAGGUCUCAUGGUUCUUUAAACAACAUCAACAACUUGAAUGUCCAUAUGGACUCUUUUUUAAAUCCUAAUGCUCUUUCAAACAUGUUUACUGAUAGCGAGUCUAUCUUACAGUUCAAGAGAGGGGUGGAGGAAGCUAAUAAAUUCCUUCCAAAUGUUAGUCAAUUUGUUGUUGAUUUGGAUAAAUAUACCUUUCCUCCAAAGGUGGAAGAAGUGACCAAAGAGGCUGUGGUCAAGGUAGAGAAGGAUGAGAGGAAUCACUCAGAUAAUGGCACUAAAGGAAGAAAACAUCAGUAUCCUGAGGACAGUGAUUUUGAAGAUGAAAGGAGCAACAAACAAUCAGCAAUAUAUGUGGAGGAGGAGGCUGAGUUAUCAGAGAUGUUUGACAGGGUUCUGCUUUGUACAGAUAAAGGUGAGACAAUAUGUGGUGAUGUCAAGUCUGAAAUGCCAGUAGACAAUAGUUUAGAUCAGAAUGGACAAGCCCAUGGAUCAAAUGGUGGAAAAACUCGUGCUAAGAAACAAGGAACUAAAAAUGAAGCUGUGGAUCUAAGGACUCUCUUAGUUAGCUGUGCACAGUCUGUUGCUGCUGACGAUCGCAGGACAGCUUAUGAACAGCUAAAGCAGAUCAGGCAGCAUUGUUCUUCCAUUGGUGAUGCAUACCAAAGGCUGGCCAGUGUAUUUGCUGAUGGCCUUGAAGCCCGGUUGGCUGGCACUGGCACUCAACUAUAUGCCGCCCUUGCUCCUAAAAAGAUUACAGCUGCUGAGAAAUUGAAAGCAUACCAGGUUUAUCUUUCGGCAUGCCCGUUCAAGAAAAUAUCAAUAUUCUUUGCGAAUAAAAUGAUCUUCCACACAGCAUCGAAUGCCAGGACAUUGCAUCUCAUAGAUUUUGGUAUACUAUAUGGUUUCCAGUGGCCAAUACUCAUCCAGCUUCUCUCAGAGAUACCUGAUGGGCCUCCAAAGCUUCGCAUUACUGGAAUAGACCUUCCCCAACCUGGCUUCAGGCCAGCAGAAAGCUUAGAACAGACAGGGAGCCGCUUGGCAAAAUAUUGUGAGCGCUUUAAAGUACCAUUUGAAUAUAAUGCCAUAGCAACACAGAAUUGGGAGAACAUCAAACUUGAGGACUUGAAACUUGUAAGUGGUGAGACUGUUGCUGUGAACUGUCUUUUUCGUUUUAAGAACCUGUUGGAUGAGACAGUGAUGUUGGAUAGUCCAAGGGAUGCAGUUCUGGGCUUAAUUAGAAAGAUGAAUCCGGAUAUCUUCGUGCAAGCUGUAAUCAACGGAUCUUAUAAUGCGCCCUUCUUUGUCACUCGCUUCAGGGAGGCCCUCUUCCAUUACUCUACUCUCUUUGACAUGUUUGAUACUACCUUACCCCGUGAUGAUCAGCAGAGGUUGCAUUUUGAACAAGAAUUUUACAGACGCGAGGCAAUGAAUGUCAUUGCUUGUGAGGGUUCCGAGAGAGUUGAAAGGCCUGAGACAUACAAGCAAUGGCAGGUCCGCAAUAUGAGGGCUGGAUUCAAGAUUCUUCCGUUGAACCAACAACUCGUGCAGAAGUUAAGGUGCAAGGUAAAGGCUAGAUACCACCGCGAUUUUGUGUUUAAUGAGGAUGGUAAAUGGAUGUUACAGGGUUGGAAAGGCCGGGUAGUAUGCGCUAGCUCAUGUUGGGUGCCAGCAUAGAAGUAUCAGAAACAUGUUUGUUAGUCAAACUUUUAGUUCAUAGGGAUGCUGUUAUGUUAGCCAAAAACGAUGUGUUCUUUAGCUAUUAUAAUAUGUACAUAACGCUGGCCCUAGAAGGGAUUAGUCUUGCUAAUCUUUGAUAUUACAACUCUGUUUCUCUUUGCAGUUCAA